AUGAUCACUCUGAAUGGUUCCGAGGUACUUGUGGUUGUUGAUUAUAAGAAUGAACUCCUCAAGACAUUUUCACAGUUUGGAAACGAUGAACUGAGGAUGGACGGGGUUCCCUAUCGCCUUUGUAAACUGACAAACGGGAAAGUUGCCCUAACGUUUCCCCUGUCGCGAGAGAUACAGAUUAUCUCCCUUCAACGUAUGACGGUUGUCCAAGUCAUCCCCACAGAGAAGAUGUAUGCCGGUAUAACAUCCGUUCCCAAGAUGAAAAAUGUGUUAGCUGUGGGCACACUUCGUGAGGAACCUGCUUCAAUUGACUUCAUUGAUAUGAAAGGAUCUGUUUUAAAAUCAUUCCAACAUGAUCAGUUUGGUAAUGCAAUAUGCAUCACUCCAAGCUUCCUGGGCUCUACACCAAGUGGUGACAUCCUCAUCUCAGAUCAUUCAAUGCACGCGUUAAUAUGCAUAUCUCAAAAAGGAGAUAUUCAGUGGCGUCAUCAACCACACAAAGGAGAAAACUUUCUUGAAGACCCGGUAGGUGUGGCCUGCUUCAACGGAGAUGUUUUCCUCGUGGACAGACUCAAGGGGUGUGUGUUUCUGUUCACUCACCGUGGAUGGUGCCAUGGCCCCGUGAUCGAAACCAGCAACAUAUUCAGCGAGCCGUUCAGCAUCUGCACCGACAGGAAGGGCACCGUCUACGUGGGUAUGGGUGAUGGUGACAUCCAGGUGUACCCGGAUGGAGGGACGGCCGAGAUGACCACCUUCCGGACCGUCAUCGACCUACCUCGCCGGCAGCGCAUCACCUGA